UCGAGUUUUUUUCCCCUGGCCAGUCCGACGGACAGCUUUGAAGUGAACGGUCGCGAGUUCCUGGGCAGACAAGACGGAGAAGAAGCAGCAACCGUUGGCGAGUUCGCGCUGUUCUACCAACCAAAAACCGAAAAAUUCAAAGAACCAAAACCGACUAAAAGAGGCCGUGUGUAUAUAUUUGCUGCGGAUACCGGAGAGAGACUCCUCCUCGCCAGGAUAACGAGGAUUGGAUAAGCCACUUUCGUCGCUUAAAGAAAACUUUUUAAGAUGUUCAUUCCGGCCGCUCAAUCCGCGUACAGGACGCUGCGAAAGACGCAGCCACGUAUUCGGCUCAACUAUCUCUUCAAGAAUGGAUAUUCCAGUAAAGUGGAAUACAAGCCCAUCCGCUCGGUGCUGGUGGCCAACCGUGGCGAAAUCGCCAUCCGUGUGUUCCGUGCCUGCACAGAGCUCGGCAUCAAGUCUGUGGCCGUAUACUCCGAGCAGGACAAGAUGCAUAUGCACAGGCAGAAGGCCGACGAGUCCUACAUUGUGGGCAAGGGUCUGCCGCCGGUGGAGGCUUACCUCAACAUUCCAGAGAUCAUCCGGGUGUGCAAGGAGAACGACGUGGAUGCCGUGCAUCCCGGUUAUGGCUUUCUGUCCGAGCGCAGUGACUUCGCCCAGGCGGUGAUCGAUGCGGGCUUACGGUUCAUCGGCCCCACGCCAAAGGUGGUCCAGAACAUGGGUGACAAGGUGGCGGCCCGCGUGGCAGCCAUCGAGGCUGGAGUGCCUAUUGUGCCGGGCACAGAUGGUCCGGUUACCACCAAGGAGGAGGCCCUGGACUUCUGCAAGAAGCACGGUCUACCGGUGAUCUUCAAGGCCGCCUAUGGAGGCGGUGGACGUGGCAUGCGUGUCGUCCGUAAGAUGGAGGAGGUUGAGGAGAACUUUGGGCGGGCGAGCUCUGAGGCAAAGGCCGCCUUCGGCAACGGCGCCAUGUUCAUCGAGAAGUUCAUCGAGCGGCCACGCCACAUCGAGGUGCAACUGCUGGGAGAUAAGGCCGGAAAUGUGGUGCAUCUGUAUGAGCGCGACUGCUCCGUGCAACGUCGCCACCAGAAGGUGGUGGAGAUUGCCCCAGCUCCACGGUUGCCCGUUGAGAUUCGCGACAAGAUGACGGAGGCCGCUGUCCGACUGGCUCGUCAUGUGGGCUACGAAAACGCCGGAACCGUGGAGUUCCUGUGCGACGAGAAUGGAAACUUCUACUUCAUCGAAGUGAACGCCCGCCUGCAGGUGGAGCACACGGUCACCGAGGAGAUCACGGGCAUCGAUCUGGUGCAGUCGCAGAUCCGCAUAGCCGAGGGCAUGACCCUACCAGAGCUAGGCUACACACAGGAGAACAUCGUGCCGCGCGGCUAUGCCAUCCAGUGUCGUGUGACCACCGAGGAUCCGGCCAAUGACUUCCAGCCCAACACCGGUCGCCUGGAGGUCUUCCGCUCUGGCGAGGGCAUGGGCAUUCGCCUGGACAGCGCCUCCGCCUAUGCCGGAGCCAUCAUUUCGCCCUACUACGACUCCUUGCUGGUCAAGGUAAUUUCGCAUGCCAGCGAUCUGCAGAGCUCUGCCUCCAAGAUGAACCGUGCCUUGCGCGAGUUCCGCAUCCGCGGAGUCAAGACGAACAUCCCCUUCCUGCUCAACGUGCUGGAGAACCAGAAGUUCCUCCACGGCGUCCUCGACACCUACUUCAUCGACGAGCAUCCGCAGCUCUUCAAGUUUAAGCCCUCGCUAAAUCGCGCCCAGAAGCUGCUCAACUACAUGGGCGAGGUGCUGGUCAAUGGGCCCCAGACGCCACUGGCCACCACUCUCAAGCCUGCUGUGGUCACGCCGCCGUUGCCGGAGGUUCCGCUGGACCUGUCGCCGGAGGCAUUAGAACGUGAAGAACGUGGCGAGGCCAAAGUUACGGAGCCACCGAAGGGUCUGCGCGACAUCCUUGUGUGCGAAGGUCCCGAGGCCUUCGCCAAGGAAGUGCGCAACCGGAAGGGACUCCUGCUCAUGGACACCACCUUCCGUGAUGCUCAUCAGUCGCUGCUGGCCACCCGCGUCCGAUCCCACGAUCUUCUGAAGAUCUCGCCGUUCGUGGCCCACAAGUUCAACAACCUGUACUCGCUGGAGAACUGGGGUGGUGCCACCUUCGAUGUCGCGCUCCGUUUCCUGCACGAGUGCCCCUGGGAGCGGCUGGAGGAGAUGCGCAAGCGCAUCCCGAACAUUCCUUUCCAAAUGCUGUUGCGCGGAGCCAACGCAGUGGGCUACACCAGCUAUCCGGACAACGUGGUCUACAAGUUCUGUGAAUUGGCCGUGCAGACUGGCAUGGACAUCUUCCGAGUGUUCGACUCGCUUAACUACCUGCCCAAUCUGAUCCUCGGCAUGGAAGCCGCUGGAAAGGCUGGCGGCGUUGUGGAGGCGGCCAUUUCCUACACUGGCGAUGUUAGCGAUCCCCAGCGCACCAAAUACGACCUUAAGUACUACACCAACCUGGCUGAUGAACUGGUCAAGGCUGGCACCCAUGUUCUCUGCAUUAAAGAUAUGGCUGGUUUGCUGAAGCCGGAAGCCGCCAGGCUCCUCAUCACCGCCAUCCGGGACAAGCAUCCCGAUAUCCCCAUCCACAUCCAUACCCACGACACCUCUGGAGCCGGAGUUGCCUCUAUGCUGGCCUGUGCCAAUGCCGGCGCCGAUGUUGUGGACGUUGCCGUCGACUCGAUGAGCGGAAUGACCUCACAGCCCAGCAUGGGCGCAAUUGUGGCCUCCCUCCAGGGAACACCCCUGGAUACCAAUCUGGACCUGCGCACGGUGUCGGACUACUCUGCCUACUGGGAGCAGACCCGUACUCUGUACGCACCUUUCGAGUGCACGACGACGAUGCGGUCUGGAAACGCCGAUGUCUACCUGAACGAGAUUCCCGGCGGCCAGUACACCAACCUGCAGUUCCAGGCCUUCUCGCUGGGUCUUGGCGACUUCUUCGAGGACGUGAAGAAGGCAUACCGGGAGGCCAACCUGCUGCUGGGCGACAUCAUCAAGGUGACGCCCUCUUCGAAGGUGGUGGGAGAUCUGGCCCAGUUUAUGGUUCAGAACGACCUGACCGCCGACCAGGUGUUGGAGAGGGCCGAGGAGCUAUCUUUCCCCAAGUCAGUGGUGGAGUAUUUGCAAGGUUCCAUUGGCAUUCCUCAUGGUGGAUUCCCCGAGCCCCUGCGCUCUCGCGUCCUCAAGGAUAUGCCCCGCAUUGAGGGACGGCCGGGCGCCGAACUGGAGCCACUGGACUUCGGCAAGCUGAAGAAGGAUCUGAAGGAAUCUCACCCCAGCAUCACCGAUCGCGACGUCAUGUCGGCCGCUCUCUACCCGCAGGUGACCAACGACUACCUCCAUUUCCGAGAGAAGUACGGACCCGUCGACAAGCUGGACACCCGCAUCUUCCUUACCGGUCCCAAUGUGGGCGAGGAGUUCGAGGUGCCGCUGGAGCGUGGCAAGACCCUGAGCGUGAAGGCUCUGGCUGUGUCCGCCGAUCUCAAGCCUAACGGCAUCCGCGAGGUCUUCUUCGAGUUGAACGGACAACUGCGAGCGGUUCACAUCCUGGACAAGGAGGCGGUGAAGGAAAUCCAUGUCCAUCCCAAGGCCAACAAGUCCAACAAGAGCGAGGUUGGUGCUCCUAUGCCCGGAACCGUCAUCGACAUCCGCGUGAAUGUCGGCGACAAGGUGGAGAAGGGUCAGCCCCUGGUCGUGCUUUCGGCCAUGAAGAUGGAGAUGGUGGUCCAGUCUCCGAUUGCGGGCGUUGUCAAGAAACUGGAGAUCGCCAAUGGAACGAAGCUCGAGGGCGAGGAUCUGAUCAUGAUCAUCGAGUAAAGAACCAGGGAUCACCAUAUCCAUUGUCCAAGCUGCCACCGCACACCUAAUGUAAAAUUAAGGCAAACACAGUGAUAAUCUUAGGGAUUCUGUCAGUUGAAUUAACCAUAAAUUGGCCCGUCAGGUCGUCGCCUCUAUUUUUAUAUAAGUAUCGAUGGAACUGUAGCUCUAUAGCAAGGAUCUUUUGAGACAUGCUUCCGUCGCGUUAUCAACCGAAAUCCAUACAAGUUUUCAUGUUUCACAAGGUCAUUCAAUUCGAUUCUAUUAAAAUUCAGCUGAUGGAAAACGGAAACAGGGCUGCAUCUGUAUGUA